AUGGACGCCCUAAACAGCAGAGAGCAGCAAGAAUUCCAGAAAGUUGUGGAGCAGAAGCAGAUGAAAGACUUCAUGCGUCUGUACUCCAACCUGGUCGAGAGAUGUUUCACCGACUGCGUGAACGACUUCACCUCCUCCAAACUCACAUCAAAGGAGCAAACAUGCAUUAUGAAGUGUUCUGAGAAGUUUUUAAAGCACAGCGAGCGCGUGGGCCAGCGUUUCCAAGAGCAGAACGCGGCAUUGAGUCAGAGUCUCGGCCGUUGA